GUCAGCGCCGCCCCCCUCCCUGGGUCUGCAGCAGCUCCGGCCGCCUCGUCGCGCCCCCCCAGCCCCCUCCCCCCGCCCCCGCCGCCCCCCGGGCCGGUGCAGCCGCAGGCGGGGUCCCCCUCCCCCUCCCCCCUCUCCCCCCAGGUCUCGCGCGCCCCGAACCGGCCCCCCCUUUUCCCCUCCCCCUCCGCGCCGCCGCUGCCGCGAUGCCCCCCCCUGCGUCCGGGGCCCGGCUCCGGCUUCUCGCCGCCGCCGCCCUAGCUGGCCUGGCCGUCAUCAGCCGAGGGCUGCUGUCCCAGAGCCUGGAGUUCAACUCUCCUGCUGACAACUACACAGUGUGUGAAGGUGACAAUGCCACCCUCAGCUGCUUCAUCGACGAGCAUGUGACCCGUGUGGCCUGGCUGAACCGCUCCAACAUCCUGUACGCGGGCAACGACCGCUGGACCAGUGACCCGCGGGUGCGGCUGCUCAUCAACACCCCGGAGGAGUUCUCCAUCCUCAUCACUGAGGUGGGGCUUGGCGACGAGGGCCUCUACACCUGUUCCUUCCAGACCCGCCACCAACCGUACACCACUCAGGUCUACCUCAUCGUCCACGUACCUGCCCGCAUCGUGAACAUCUCCUCACCUGUGACAGUGAACGAGGGAGGCAAUGUGAACCUGCUUUGCCUGGCUGUGGGGCGACCUGAGCCCACGGUCACCUGGAGGCAGCUCCGAGACGGCUUCACCUCGGAGGGCGAGAUCCUUGAGAUUUCCGACAUCCAGCGGGGCCAGGCCGGGGAAUAUGAGUGUGUGACUCACAACGGAGUUAACUCAGCGCCUGACAGCCGCCGCGUGCUGGUCACAGUCAACUAUCCUCCGACCAUCACGGACGUGACCAGCGCCCGCACUGCCCUGGGCCGGGCCGCCCUCCUGCGCUGCGAAGCCAUGGCAGUGCCUCCGGCGGAUUUCCAGUGGUACAAGGAUGACAGACUGCUGAGCGGCGGCGCGGCCGAGGGCCUGAAGGUGCAGACGGAGCGCACCCGCUCGAUGCUUCUGUUCGCCAACGUGAGCGCCCGGCAUUACGGCAACUACACAUGUCGCGCGGCCAACCGGCUCGGAGCGUCCAGCGCCUCCAUGCGCCUCCUGCGCCCAGGAUCCCUGGAAAACUCAGCCCCAAGGCCCCCGGGACCCCUGACCCUCCUCUCCGCCCUGGGCUGGCUGUGGUGGAAAAUGUAGGUGCAACCCAGUGGAGCUUGCUGUCCCCACAGGGGGCCUCGGGCCGAGAGCAAGAGGACCGGGAAGCAAGAGCCAUGGGUCUCAAGGGGGCGGAAGAGCUCUUGGCCACCCACCAAGGAUGAGGAGGAGAAAGAAGAAAGAUCUUUAGAGAACCCAUCACUGUGAGGGAUAACGCAAAAUUAUGCAUCUUUCUACAGCCAUUUUCGCCACUCGUUCACGUUUCCAGUUGUGACCCACCCCCGCCACCCCAUACCCCUCUCUUAGCUCAGGCUGUCAACUGGCUCGUGUGUGGAUGUGUUUGUGAGAGUGUGUGUAUGCGCGUGCACGCGCCUGCAUGUUUGUGUGUGGGGGAGGAAUUGGUAGGUGGGCUGGGGGAGGGGAACUCAGCUAUCCUCUCCCCCAACACUCCCAUGUACACCCUCCCCACCCCAGCUGCCUCUCCCCUGUGGCUGGAGGUAGGUAUGGGGGCUCCACCCCAGAAGCUGUGAAGAGGCCCCUUGCUUUCCCAGCAUAUGCACACACACUUCUCCCCCCCAGAAGGGCAUCUUCUAGGCAGGUUGGGAGUGGGGAAGGGUGUAACACUCACCUGCCAAGCUAUCAUUCAGCCUUUGUGAAUUGGAAGGGGAUCACCAACUGGGCUCUGGGCCUCCCUGCUGUCACCUACCAGCUGCCUGUAGCCAGAGGCCCCAUCGCUGGCUCAGUGGCCUGAGACCUUCCCACUCUCCCUCUUCCUCCCCACCCUGAACUUUCUGGCCCUCUCCAGGGGCCAAUCGGUGCUUCCAUCCAACUGUCAGGCUGGUGGCAAUAGUCACCUGUCUCAGUGCUUUGCCCUACCACCGCUGACACUCCUCUGAGCCACCUGUGACAUCAGCCAGCUGCCCUCCUGGCCCACAAGUGUGGGCUUGCUGGUCCACCACUCCCUAGCUGCUCUGCCAGCUGUACCUCCCAAAGGCUGCCUGACCACCCUCACGCUCAGACACACACACACACACACACACACACACACACACACACACACACACACCAGCGACCAUGACCAGCAAUAGUUCCCUGGCUCCAGCUGUCCUGUAGCUGGUGACUAGCUGUAGCUCCCCCAAGGAUGGGCUGUUGUCAGGAAGGGUGCUGAGAGGCUGCAUCCUCAGCUGAUUGUAGGAAUGCUCCACCCUGGUACACGACACAAAAGUGGGGAUGCAGAAGCAUCACACGGACAUCCUCAGCCCAGGCAAAGAUGUCAUGUCACCAGCUCCAACUCCCAGGAGACCCUCUCUAUUAACACCCACUCCAAAUUACACCACCCAGAGCUUGGUGGAGAAGAGGGCAGAGGGCAAGGGGCAGUGACUGUACCUCAGACAGGGGCAUGGGCCCCAUCCCACAUUGUCUUCCAUUCCCAGGGUCCAGGGGACAGGGUGGGGUCAGGGAGGGAUGCCAGGGAGGGGGGUGGGGGGCCCUGCGGGCCAUGUGUUCCAAUUCAUGGGGAGUGUUGAGACCACCACACCAAUAAACGCCUUUUUCCAAAGUCUCUGCCUGCAGCUGUCAGUGUCUUUAAAGAUUUGGGUAACCAGAGGGCAAAGGGUCAUUUGUGGGGAUCAUUCCUACCCCCGGCUUUCACUGGUAGAUUUGGAAUUGACUUGUUUCAGAGGUGGUCCCCAUUUGGCUCAAGCCACCUGGCAUAGCUCAUGUUCCACCAUGAUCCGUUCAGAGACGGGCAUGUGACCCAGCCAGGGUUAAUGGGACAGUGCAUGGAUUCACAAGAAGAAAUAACUCUUCCAAAGAUGUGAGGUCUAGAUCUGCAGGGUUGCUCUUUUCCAUCUCACAAAAAGAUCUUAGGUGGUGGAGAAGACCACAUGUGGAGCCUGAGGAUGACAGAAAUACUAUAUAAUGCAGAGUGAAAGGUCUAGAGCAGUGGUUC